AUGGCCAACGCAGGAGAGGAAGCUCACGAGCUCGAAAAUAUCGACAAACUCAAACAAGCUACUCAACACACCGAAGAAGUGGUCAUUACCCGCCUGACAGAAGAAGAUGUCCACAAACUGUCCAGAGAGUCCCUGACCCUCAAAUCCAAAGCAGGAUGGCGGCUUGCAAUGAUCCUCUUUGUUCAAGGCUGUAAUCAAGCUGGUUAUGGUGUUGAUUGGGCCGUCAUUGGUGGUAUCAAUGCCCUUCCUGCUCUGCAUACCUACUUUGGCUUUGGUUAUAGUGGUAGCACGAUUGGUGUCAUCAACGCACUCAUGACCAUUGGCACUGUUUGCGGUGCUCCUUUCUUGGGUCUUGCUGAUGUUAUCGGACGACGUGGUGUCAAUUUCGCUGGCAAUGUUAUCGUCAUUUUCGCUGCGCUGUUGCAGGCCUGGGCGAAGAACACCGAGAUGUUCAUGGCUGGAAGGUUCUUCAUGGGUUUUGGAACUGCUCUCAUGAGCUCCAGUCAGUACAUGGCCGAGAUAUCGCCGAUCCAUCUUCGUGGCAGACUGGUCGGUGUCUUCGGUGCCUGCUUCCAAGUGGGUUCUCUCGGAAUGACUGGUGCGAUGAUUGGUCUCACGACACUAGAUGGUAACUAUUCAUGGCGUAUUCCGUUGCUUCUCCAAGCUGGUCUCGCCUUGGUCGUUUGCUCGACUAUCUACUUCCUGACGCCAGAAAGUCCUCGCUACCUUGUCAAAGUAGGCAAGAGAGACGCCGCAAAGCAUGUCGUGGCCAAAUAUCACACUACGAGCGGCGAUCUCGACGAACCACUCGUCAAUGUUGUGAUCAGUCAGAUUGAUGAGUCCCUGGAGAACGAGAAAGCUCUGACCGGAGCCUGGUGGGACUACCGUGUCUUUUUCACCAAGCCGGUCAGGUUCCGCAUGCUGGUUUUGACACUAUACUCCGUCUUCCAGCAAUGGAACGGGGGUGGCAUCAUCACUUACUAUCUGACUCCCGCUCUCUUCAUGGUCGGCAUCAAGAAGCCAAUGGAACAACUCGGGAUUCAACUCGGUUCAACAGCCAUAUAUUUUGUCUUUACACUCUUCGGCUCCUACAUCAUCGACAAGUUCCGCCGUCGAACUCUCAUCUUCGCCGGUCUUAUCAGCAUCAUCGUCCUACAAACAGCUACAACAAUCACCUCUUGGCAAUACAGUGUCAAUCCCACCCACGCAGCAGCCGGUCUCACCAUCUUCUGGGUCUACAGUUUCCAAGUCUGCUCCGCAACCUUCAUCGCCACAAUGCACAAUCUAUAUCCCGUUGAGAUUCUCUCCCUCGCACUCAGAGCUCGCGGUAUGGGUGUCUAUUCAUUCAUCCAAGGUGCUGCGGGUAGUGUUCAGAAUUAUGGCAUUGCUGUUGGCAUUGACAAGUUGGGCUAUAGGAUCUGGGCUGUGUAUGUGGUGUACAAUACACUCCAGCUCAUCGCUUCGUACUUUGUCUUUCCGGAGACCUAUGGUUUGAGUUUGGAGGAGAUUGAUGUUGUGUUUGAGACACCGGGAGUCAAUCCUGUGAAGAUCAGUCUGGAUAUUCAGAAGGCUAAGAAACAGAGAGCUGUACUUGAGGAAGAGGUAGGCGGGUUGAGUGAGAAGGUUUGA